CGGGGUUAGGAGGGAGGAGCGGAGGGGGAGGGCGGCGGCGGCCACGCAGGGGUUAAUCUUUUCGCCCGCCGACAUUUUUGUGUGGCGGCGCGGACGGGGAGCCCGCGCGCGGGGGCGCGGGCGCGCGCUUCGCCUUAGCCGCCCGGUGUCCUGGCGCUGCGCCGUGGGCCUCCCCGCCCCCACUCGGCCCUCGCGUCCCUCCGGUCCCCGCCUGCGACGGUCACCGCGGCAGCGGCGACGCCGAGGCCUGUAGUGCGGCAUAGCCCUGCGGGCGGCCUGCCCGCGGCGCGGUACAAAGAACGCGGCCCGCGCCCGCAGUGCCUUUAAAGGCGGCAGCCUGAGACUUAAGGUGUCCCCUGAGUGGCAUCCUCCGCGCCCGGCCCCAUGGAGGGCGCGGGGUCCGGGCGCGCACGCCGCGGCUUCCGGGCCUGGGAGCAAGCGCGGAGCUUGGGGUCUGGCGGGGAGGUGGGUGUGCUACCCCACCGCACCCGGCCGCCGGAGCCCGUCCCGCGCGCGGUAGCGAAGGGGUUAAACGCGGUCUUUAAAUAUUCAUGUCAUUGUUUUAAAGGUGUAAACGUGUGACUUCCAGGUCGGACGCGCUCUCCUCUGCCCGAAGCAAACCCCAAUUCCAUCCUUUCCAGUAGCUUGAGUUUUCUUUUGAGGUCAAGCCCUGUGACUUAGGUCUUCUUAGCACUUGGGAGUAUUUGAACUGCUGGGGUUUUUGGAUGUAGGGCGUUUUUAAACCUUCCUAACCAGAAAGUGUAGGGAAAAUAACGUAAAAGAAAGGGACUCAUCAGACUCCCUCUCCUGCCUCCGGGUUGAGGAUUGGAGGGAAGCAAAUAGACUCCUUAUGAAGGGUAGUUUUCUCGUUUUGUACCAGGUAGAGCGAGAUGAGGCAGACACUUAUUGCGAGGCAGUGUGCUGUUUCAAACCUUUCUUCGGAGUUGAAUUGUCAUUCGCACUUUUUCCAAACUGUUACAUGGCUUCAGAAUUCCCAUCUCGGAGACUUGCUUGGCUCACACUGCUCUUUAGAGGAGUUCGGUUUCUGUGGAUGAUGCGUGAAAUCCCUGUCUGUAGUUUCCCGCUGAAAUCAUUGCUCAUGUCUUGUUUGUGACGACGGUUUGGAUUGCUGCCCAAAUUUGGGCUUUGUGAAAUUUAGUUUAAAUGAGUGAUGUGCUUUCUGGGGGAUGGAGAACUCUAUAAAUGGGAAUUAUGUUCUCAAUCAUAAAUUUUAUAGGGGAAACUGACCCUAAAACUUAGGGUGUCUGUAAUCCUACGCCCAAUAAAGCAUCAGUCAGAAAGUUUGUAAACCCCGGGAACACUUACAGAGUUUUGAAUUAAGUGGAAGGCUGCAAACAGCGGAGCUUGGGCAGAAAUGCAGUGCAUGGUACCCAGGACUAUACUUGUGAUCUCGGGUGAUACUGUUUCUUUUUGUAGUGAGUAAUGAACAGUAUGGCGUUUUGUCAAUGGUGUGUAUACUGCUUUGUUAGGCAGGAUGUUUGCUUUCUAGGAAUGUUUAAAAGCAUCAGAGAACUUUGCAAGCACUCUCUUGAGCCUUUCUGUGUUUUACAGCCAUGAAAAAGCCUUUGAGUUCUUUGCUGUUUUAUUUUUAAAUAUUGUUUGUGCUCUCUGGUUCAGAGGGAGACUUGUUUUUUAAAUUAGGAUUUUUAGUAUCUUUAGAAUUUCACAGGAAAUAGUGGUAGACACCUUUAAUCCCAGCACUCAGGAGGCAAAAGGCAAGUGCAUUCUGUGAGGCCAGCCUGGUCUACAGAAUGAAUUCCAGGACCGUUAAAACUAUGUAGAGGGACCCUGUCUCAAUUAAAAAAAAAAAAUUGCAUGAGAUGCAUUUGUGUCCCCUUUUUACAGUUUCUGGUGGCUGUUUUAUUUUUCUCUGUGAGAGAGCAAAAGACAGCCAGAUGUUUUUCCAGAGAAGUCACUGUAGCUAGGAUCUCUGCUUUCUAAAGCAUAGACUAUUUAGACUGACACAUAGUGACUACCAGUUCUCCUAGCCCGGUGCCCAAGAAGAACUUCAAGAGUUGACUGCCCAAGCGGCAGGUAUAACAUGAGAUUACCCUUGGAGCCACCGUUAUAACCACAAUCCCACUCUCUGGUCUUCCGUGGAUCACAAGUAGAAAGCCCAUUGGAUCCAGAGAAAGGGAGGGGAGGGGCUGAACUGUGAAGAGUGCGGCCCCAGAACCAUGUCUACUCGGGAGUCCUUUAACCCGGAAACUUAUGAAUUGGACAAGAGCUUCCGGCUAACCAGGUUUACUGAACUGAAAGGCACAGGCUGCAAAGUGCCCCAAGAUGUCUUGCAGAAAUUGCUGGAAUCUUUACAAGAGAACCACUUCCAAGAAGAUGAGCAGUUUCUGGGAGCGGUUAUGCCACGACUUGGCAUUGGGAUGGAUACUUGCGUCAUUCCUCUGAGGCACGGUGGUCUCUCCUUGGUUCAAACCACAGAUUACAUUUAUCCUAUCGUGGACGACCCUUACAUGAUGGGCAGGAUAGCGUGUGCCAAUGUCCUCAGUGACCUCUAUGCGAUGGGUGUCACAGAAUGUGACAAUAUGCUAAUGCUCCUUGGAGUCAGUAAUAAAAUGACUGACCGGGAAAGGGAUAAAGUGAUGCCGCUAAUUAUACAGGGUUUUAAAGAUGCGGCCGAGGAAGCGGGGACCUCUGUAACGGGGGGCCAAACGGUAUUGAACCCCUGGAUUGUUCUGGGAGGAGUCGCCACAACUGUCUGCCAGCCCAAUGAAUUUAUCAUGCCAGACAACGCGGUGCCGGGGGACGUGCUGGUGCUGACCAAACCCCUGGGGACGCAGGUUGCAGUGGCUGUGCACCAGUGGCUGGAUAUUCCUGAAAAAUGGAAUAAAAUUAAGCUCGUGGUCACCCAAGAAGACGUAGAGCUGGCAUACCAAGAGGCAAUGGUGAACAUGGCGCGGCUCAACAGGACAGCUGCAGGCCUCAUGCACACGUUCAAUGCUCAUGCAGCCACUGAUAUCACAGGCUUCGGGAUUCUGGGCCAUGCACAGAACCUGGCCAAGCAACAGAGGAACGAGGUGUCGUUUGUGAUUCACAAUCUUCCCGUGCUAGCCAAGAUGGCCGCUGUGAGCAAAGCCUGCGGAAACAUGUUCGGCCUAAUGCAUGGGACCUGCCCAGAGACGUCAGGAGGCCUGCUAAUCUGCCUACCGCGUGAGCAAGCAGCUCGGUUCUGUGCAGAGAUAAAGUCCCCCAAAUAUGGCGAAGGCCACCAAGCAUGGAUUAUUGGGAUUGUAGAGAAGGGCAACCGCACAGCCAGAAUCAUCGACAAACCUCGGAUUAUUGAAGUCGCACCUCAAGUAGCCACGCAAAACGUGAAUCCCACACCUGGUGCCACCUCCUAAUCCAGACAGAAAUAGCUAUUGAUUUUGUCUUUACAUAGAUCUAUUUCCUUUAUCAUCACUUCAAUUAAAGACUCUAAGAACAACAAAUCUCAUUGUGUCUACACAGCUGGUGACCCUAGGUCGUUUUAUGAGUGGAUGCAAUUAAUAAAAUGAAAUCCAUGGCCUUCUUUUCCUGUUACAUUAACUGAAGAUGCACCCAACCUCCAGGCAGCUUCUGAGUUGAGAAUGAUAUUGUUAUCCGAUACCGUUGAUUCAUUUUGAAUCUUUAGAUGCGCAUCUCUUGCCGCACAGGCGCUCUCUAAAGGUGCUUUUCUGCCACAGGCACUGCUGAGAGGAAUACCACUAGCAGUCUGUCUUCUCAUUCUACCUAUCACAUCAGUCUGGUCUGUUUUCAAGUGUCUCGGUUGACACUCUAGAAAGACAGAAUUGGUAAGUCACGUGACGGCCUCCCGUAGUCAGGGUUGCAAGGCUCCUUCGAGGGUUUGGUUUGUAAGUUGAGUCUAAUACCUCGGGGGCAUUUCUUCACCCAGUAGCCCACUCGGUUCAGGAUGGCAGGUGCUUUGCUUGGCACGGUAAGCACGACUUGGCAGUAAUAACCGUUGAUGGUCUUUACCGUAGGAGAAAGGAUACUUUCUGCAAUGUUCAUAGUUCUAUAGCACGACAAGGAACUGCCUUCGAUAGGGGCUUCGUGUAUAGUACUCAUUUAUAAUUCAGUAUCUAAUUUACUUCGCAAAUGAUUUUUAAAUAUGAUCAAUACUAAAGACUGUUCUGUGGAUGGUAGUGUUUAAUACAUUUUAUAUUUUGUAUAGUGAUUUCAGGCCUCUUGUUUAAAAUCAGCAGCUCUUUAGCCCAAUUCUUAGCAUCAUUUUGUCCUUGCGCCCGUACCUUUUUGUGCACGCAUUUUGUGAUUUGUGUUAAAAACCUGCAUUGCCAACGUUGCAGCUCCAACAUAAAAGUUGUUAUUCAAAUAAAUAUUUAAUUUUUUUAAUUGCUCUUGUAUAAUCAGAUGCCCUUUUUAGUAUUAUUUUAGAAGCAUCUGGGAGGGUUUUGCCUAAAAUACAAUUUAUUGGGGAAACUAGAUUUUAGUUUUAUAAACUUUUAAGUCUUUCAUGGGACCUAUAUUUUCUUGAAUUAAAUUUUGUAGUUCUAGAACAAAUAGGCAAUCUACAAAGGUGUUAUCUGUGUUUCUUAAAAACAGGCUUCCUUAUCUUCCUUAUCUGUUAAGCAGCUGGGGGAUUCCCGUCUUUAAGCACAAGGGCACUGGGUCCUCAAAUGCCUGUCUUCAAAAGAGAAAAAGCACCAGUCUUCAGGUUUCACGGGCUUCCUACUAACAGGCCCCAAAGCUAAGCUUUGUAAACUCACCCAACCUUCUCAACACGGAACACCAGGAAACCACCACUGGACCAAUGGAGCGCCCAGAAGGAAGAGGCUGCCACAUGCUUGUGUCCCUGGGAGCCACGCUACAGCUGGAACAGAACCACCGAGUCUGGCCCCAGAGAGGAAGCUGUCACAGAAGGACACUAAUUGGACACUAUAGGAAAUGAUAUGAUGUUGGUCCUUGAAAGUAUGCACCAGUCAUCUGCAAAAUAAAACGUGUUGGAACCCUCUGAGUGCAGAAAGCUUACUGUAGGACUUACUUCUGUCUUGUUUUUUCUUAAACAGUAGGUGAAAUUGGAGCUAACUGUACAUUCUGUCCCCCAAAGCCGCUACUUUUUUUGUGGCAAGACUGUGGAGAGGAAAUUAGAUGGCUCAUGUCCUGAGCAAAUCAUCUUUAAAGAUUCAUGUAAGGAGGAAAGGCCAGGGAUUUAAGAUCCUUGGAGUUGUGAUCUAGGAAAAGCCCUUGUCUUGACUAGCAUCACGGUGCUCAGAAACCCAUGAACUAGAAUCACACAGGCAUUUGUGGGGGCAUUCCUGCCCUUCCCCAAGACCCAGAGUCAAUUGUGGCUAGGGAACCAGGUCCUCCAUCUUGAGAAUGUCCCCUCUAGGGCUUUGCAUAAUAAACCUUGAGAACCGCUGACCUCAAAAGGAAUGUUGGGGCAUGUGUGUAACAAGUGGGGCUGUCAGGGAUCCCUUUAGUCUUAGCCAUUCCUUUUAUUUCCUGUGGUGCUCUGUGUGUGUGACUCUAAAGUUCUUGACUCAAGUGACUGUCAUUGUUUAGUAAGUUUGGCAAAGUCUACAUGGAACUCAAUUUAUCCAAUGGUCACUCUUCUAAAAUCCACACUGGACAGUGCUCCUACAGACCCUGGACCCUGCUGGUGUCCAGUCUUCUCAUAGAACAAAGGAACAUUGAAGUUCAGUGGGUUGUUUCCACAGCUGUGUUGAAGCAAUAACAUACUUGUUCUUUUUGGCUCAGUAUUUUGAAACCUCCAAGUCUUCCAAAUUUCGCGUGAGUUGUAAUGAAUAAGUGGAAGUGUUUUCAUUGUUCUGAUGUGUGAACGAGCCCCUUGCAUCUUCCAGCAUUGCCUUUAAAAUUGUUCUGAGCUGGUAAGAUGGCUCAGUGGGUACAGUGGCUUGUCUCAAAAGCCUGAGUUCCAUCCGCUUCCAGAACCCAUGUAGAGGUGCAAAGAAAAGUGGCCUGCAUUGUGCGGCAAAUGUACUUAUGCACCUAGCAAUAAAUACAUUAAUAUUUAGUUGUCAGAGUUCUAGAUCUUCGUCUUAUUCUGUAGAAACAGAAAUAAUAGCUAUACUGGUUUAUUUUUACAGACGCUUAGCACAGGCAGGAGUUUGCGAGACCUGAUGAUGGGCAUGCACACAACCCUGCCUGAGAUGUUCAUUCUCACAUCUGACCAGGCGCUCACACAGCAUACUCGCUUCCAAUAGUCACGUAUCCUGUUCUCAUUAAGAAUCCACAUUAAGGAUUCUAGUCAUGAAACCCCAGAGACCACGGUGAAAAUCUAGAGUCCUGUUGCAAUUUGAUGAUUUGCCUUUGUUUAAGUUGUGCUUUGAAUGAGACCAGGAAUGGGUGGAUUAGACCAGCCCUGAGUCAAGUCACUUGGGCAUUUCUAGGCAUUCAGACAUGAUCAAGAACCACUGGAAGCCAAACUCGUGCAAUAGAGUGGUUGUGGUCUGUCUGGUGAGUAUGGGGUAUACAGGUCUGUGCACUUUCCUGUACUUGAUAGGCCUCAAAUGUCAGCACUCUUGGUGUUGAUGGGCCUUGCUAGGUCGUGCUGCCUUUAAAGGGAGUUCAAUGCUCAGGAGAAAGAAGAGCAUGUAAUGAAGCCCGCCAAACUAUGGGGCUGGACCCAAUGACACAGGGCUGUAAUCCCAUACUCAGGAGGCUGAAGCAAGGGGACCACACGUUCAAAGUCUGCCUGGGCUACCCAAUAAAGCCCUGUUUUGCUCUCCAGCACAAAGGAUUAAGAAAAGUCCGAGAGUACAGCUCAGUUGUAGAGUACUUGCCUAGCAUUCACAAGGUCCCGGGUUUAGUCCACAGUACCAGUAAAAACCAAACUUGUUGAAAACAAGCUUAAAAGGCACUAGUUUACUAUAAUUACGAUGUGAUCAUGGGUCAGGGCUGAUGGAGCCUCCAUUAUUGUAUUUCAGGAAUAAAAACAUGUAUGUGGAAAUAUAUAGAAUGUAAUGUUUAUCACCCCAGCAUAUUUUGCACAGUUCUAAAGCAAAAUUAUAUAAAAUUCGAUGUCUAGGAGAUAUUCCUGGGUUUGGGUUCACUUUGGGAAAUAAAACUAUAAUAGUUUGAACUUC